GGGGCAGCGCGGCGGACCAGUUUGCCGGCCAAUAUAUAUAGAGUCGCGGUCUUCACUCCAGCAUCACAACACUCCUGUGAAGCAAAGCAGCAGCAAGCAGCAGCAAGCAGCAAUACUCUGUCACCAAAUCAGCCCUCCCCCGCCAUCAAUAUGAAGCUCGUGCUGGCCCUCUUCCUCGUCGCCAUGUGCUUCGCCGCGGCGCUCGCUCAGUACCACCACGGUGGACACCACGGCGGCUACAACCACGGCGGUGGCCACCACGGAGGCCACGGCGGCUACAACAACCACCACGGUGGCUACAACAACCACCACGGUGGUCACCAUGGCGGCGGCCACCACGGCGGCGGCCACCACGGCCACGGCUACCACGGCUAGUCAAACCACUGCACGGUGUCGAUAGUCCUAUGCGCUCAUCUUUAGUACCUGCUCGUCAUUAUAAACUCAUUUUUAUCACUUUCACCAAUUUCGCCAUUGAAAGUUUUCUGUCAAUAUGUAUUUAUAUGUAAAUAAAUUUUUAAUGUCGAAACAA